ACAUGAGCGCGCAACAGCAAGGACUGCAGAUAGCAUGAGAACACAAGUAGCUGAACAGCAGGCGGAGAUAACGCAUGCAGAAUAGAUCGAGAGGGCCAUCCGUUGUUUUGAGGGUUGAAUCUUUUUAACCGAAUGGAAAUUAACUGGAUUUAUCGAUAUAAGAAAACUCGACCGAACGGCACUUGGGUUGGACUGACAAUGGAUUCGUGAGCCGCGGUAGCUAGGUGUAUUUCUAUUCGAUAGUCUGUGGCGUAGAGAAAGAUGAUGCGUGAAUACCUACUGCUGAAGUCCAGUCGCCUUGAUACGAUUGAAAAAGAUGACGAUCUCCCUGCUCGAAAUGACACAUUUGUUUUUUGGGGAAUGUUGAUCUAACGAUGACUAGAUGAGCGCCUUUCUCGGUAUUGAGGCACAUUGAGCACCAUGCUUCCAGUAUAAUUUAUGAAAGCUCUCCAUGAAAACAAGGAGGAGGGGGGGGCGGGCUGCAAUACGAUGGAGGACAAGGAGAACAACCUCAAAACGGCCAGGUUGUGGAGAGACGCAGCUCUCCGCUCAAGGAAGCUUCGAAGCAGCCUGCGUCAACUCACCCUUUGCUCCAAAAAUAACCAAAAGAUUAUGCUACCUGAAAAUAUUAACGAGAUCGAGGUACUCAACCUGGGCAACAACUCGCUGCAGGAGCUACCGGAGGGAUUAGGGGCCACCCUUAUCAACCUGCGUAUCCUCAUUCUCCGCAGGAACAAGUUUGCAGCAGUUCCCUGUGUAGUGUUUGAGCUUGGGCAGCUGGUGGAAUUAGACAUGAGCCACAACUGUCUUAAGAGCUUCUCCGAGGACAUAGGCCUACUGAAGGGACUGAAGAAGCUCUGCAUCAGUCACAAUAAAAUCCAGUACCUGCCAACCCAGAUUGGAGCACUUCAGUGCUUAGAGGAGCUCGACAUAAGCUUCAAUGACCUACAUGAUUUUCCCCGGUCCUUCUCCCAGCUCAAAAAGCUGCGGACGUUAGAUGCUGAUCACAAUAAGAUGAGCCAUUUUCCUCCAGAGAUCCUUGCCCUCGGUGAUCUGGAAGAGCUUGAUUGUUCGGGGAAUAAAUUUGAGGAUUUGCCCAGAGACAUUCUAAAGCUUCAGCCCAUCAAGAUCUUGUGGCUCAGCAGCCUUCACAUCUCCAUGUUACCUGACACCUUUUGUCACCUGCACAAUCUUGAGAGUCUUAUGCUGGAUAGUAACAACCUCACAGUUCUGCCUUGUUCCUUCGGCACUCUGCAGAGACUAAAAAUGGUUAAUCUUUCCUCCAAUGAGUUUGAGGAGUUUCCCCAUGUUAUUCUGAACAUCGCAGGACUGGAGGAGCUCUAUCUGAGCCGGAAUAAACUGACUUUGAUCCCAAAGGAGAUAGGCCAGCUGGUUAAUCUGGUCAACCUGUGGCUGGACAACAACAAAAUCACCUAUUUGCCAGAUUCUAUUGUGGACUUGGAGAGAGUGGAAGAGCUUGUAUUACAGGGUAACCAAAUAGCCAUACUCCCCGACAACUUUGGGAAACUCUCUAAGGUGAACAUUUGGAAGGUGAAGGAUAACCCUCUCAUCCAGCCUCCGUAUGAGGUGUGUAUGAAAGGGAUCCCCUACAUCGCUGCCUAUCAAAAGGAACUUGCACACUCCCAGCUGGCUGUGAAGCCUCGGUUAAAACUCGUCCUGAUGGGGAUGCAAAACGCUGGCAAAACGCAGCUCAAGGAGAGUGUGGUCAGCCAGAGGCACGAUCCUGCAUGUGUCCAAGGAAACAAAGGGAUUGAAGUGACCAACUGGGUGGCCGACGUCGACCGCAGUCUUACUUUUCUCGUGUAUGAUUUGUCAGGGAAGCAAAACUAUGACCUCAUCAAACCGUUUUUUCUCUCCCCCGGUGCUCUGUACGUGCUCGUGGUGAACUUGAAAACAUACACGCCCAACAACUUCUACGCCCAUGUUGGGUACUUUCUCCACCUCCUUAGUGCCAAAGUGCCCCACGCUGUGGUGUGUACGGUGGGCACGCACACAGACCUGUGCGGCGAAAUGGAAGUGGAGGAGAAGAGCUUGGACAUCCACAGACAGAUAGCCGUACAGGAGAAACGAGACACGCAGUGUCUGAAGAGUCUCGUCCAGCAGGUGGACCAGGCCCUGGAGCAGGGCUUCAACGUCCGCACCUCCAGCCCCCACAUCGUCUUCUACAGCGUCUCGGACAAGAACCUGCGACGGAAGAAGGCCCAACUGCAGUACAUGCUCAACCACAGGCUGCAGAUCCUGUCGCCCGUCCUGUGCGUCAGCUGCACGGAGUCCCAGAGGAACAUCCAGAGGCUGAGGGAGAAGCUCAUGUCGGUUGCCGACCAACGGGAGAUCUUCCCCAACCUCCACCGCGUGCUGCCCAAGUCCUGGCAGAUGUUGGAGGAGCUGCACUUUAAACCCCAGGAACUGUGGCUCUCGUGGUGGGACUCGGCCCGUCUGGGCCUCCAGGCUGGACUCACGGAGGACCGUCUCCAGUGUGCCCUGUCCUACCUGCACGAGAGUGGCAAACUACUCUACUUUGAGGACAGCCUGACGCUGAAAGAGUACGUCUUCCACAACCUGCCGCGCUUCAUCGCCAUCCUCAACGUGUUCUUUCAGAGAGACGAGGCCGUGCUGCUAGACAGGCUGCUCUCCACCGGGGAACUGGGGGACAAGGGAAGGGUGGGUCACGUGAUCGAGGAGGAGAAGGGCGAAAACCUCAGGGCUAGCCACCUGCGACACCACGUGGAGGGGUUCCUCAACCACGGCCUGCUGCCUUCCAACGUGAUCCGGCUCCUCCUGAGGCCCCUCAUCCAGACGCAGCAGGACCUCCACCUCAUCAUGGAGCUGCUGGAGAAGAUGGGGGUGUGCUACUGUAUCAACAAGCCCCGGAGCAAGCCUCUGAACGGAGCCACGGUGUGGUACAAGUUCCCCAGCUACGUCAGCAGCGAGGAGCCCCAUGCGGAGGCCUGGGUGGGCGGGGGCUCCGUGGUCGCCAGUCAGUUCUUCUCGGUGGAGCAGCUUCAGAUCGAGUACAGCUUUCCUUUCCUCUUCCCUCCCGGACUAUUUGCCCGCUACAGUGUGCAAAUCAACCGCCACGUGGUCCAGCGGUCAGAUGGUAGGCAUCAUAUCUUUGCCUAUCGUGGUAAAGUGCCUGUGGUGGUCAGCUACCGGCCGGCUCAGGGCAGUCUGCAGGCAGAGACCCUGUCCAUAGCCAGCCACGCCUCCCUGCCAAAUAUCUGGACGGCCUGGCAAGCCAUAACCCCCCUCGUGGAGGAACUGAAUGUGCUUCUGCAGGAGUGGCCUGGCCUCCACUACUCGGUCCAUGUGCUGUGUUCUAAGUGCCUCAAGAGAGGGUCGCCCAACCCACACACCUUUCCAGGUGAGCUCCUCAGCCAGCCACGCCCUGAGGGCCUGACUGAGAUCAUCUGCCCAAAGAACGGUUCCGAGAGGGUCAACGUGGCGCUGGUGUACCCGCCUACGCCCACUGUCGUUAGCCCCUGUCUCAAAUGAGACCAGCGUUCAGUCCAGUGGCCCACCCUGUCUGUCGCCCCACGUCCGCUUCUGUGUUUCCCCCUCCAUAUAAACCCCACCCUGGGCUAUCCUUCUCGCUCACUCAGCCUGGACCCUGUCAGCCACGCAAGUCACUCCCAGAAACGCAUCGCCGGCUGAAUGCAACAGAGGAGAUGAGUGGUUAGACAUGGUGUCCAGCUGUUCUUUCACUGCCGCACCAUAUUGAAAAUGACAAUAAUGGAGGAUGUUGUCUUCCACUGCUGGAUUUCCCCUCACCUUAUGGCAAACCUCUCAUACACCAGUUACCUGACUCUCUUUCUAUAUCAAUAUAUGCACCAUAUUAACUCACCACUUGAAAGCAACAAGGAUGGAACACGCGAUUCCUCGAUGACUUUGUCUCUGUUUCAACUGGCAUCAGAAUCCUAUUUAAAGACUAGUUAGUAUCCCUUAAUGCUGCUUAUCCUGCUCCUGCGAUAGUGACCCCCCUUGCUUUUUGUUAUUUAUUAGGAACUGUACUGUUCCAGGGUCUGUCUACUUGUAUAUCUUUCUACAGUACUGUACACAAACCUCAAGAUUGUUGCCACAGGACACAGGGGGAACAAUGUUUUUUAAUGAACACCCAAGUUAUAUUGUAAAGCUUCACACAAACGCAUACCGCUGUUUAAAACCCAUCCUUACUUGUACGGAGACGAUCUUUCGCAUUAGCAUGAAGAAGGUCGGGUGUAUCAUAUGUAGUAAAUGCUGUAAUUGACUGCCUUUAUGCCAAGGAAAUUCCAGUUUGACUGGAUUUGUAAAGAUGUUUAACAUAUCCUCACCACACCUUGGUGGGUGUAUGUCAUAUUUCAAUCCUAGUAUGAAAAGUAUUCAGUUUCUUUCGAGACUUGUCCAAAAAUGAUCAUGGUAUGUAAAUAAAAGUGAAUCUUGUUAUGUUAUAGAAACAGAUAAAGAGUACUUCUCUAUUGGUAGAGUAUACACUCUUCAUUACGGUUGUUGUGAUCGUGUUGUUUCAAGAUGUUUUUUCACUGGUAUGGGAUGAUGCUGCAAUAUGUUUAAAAAAGCGUUAAAACACCUUUUGUACAUAUCUUUAUUUUUGUAUGUUGACACAGGUUGUUCCACCCUCAACAUUAUUUACAGUACAAUGUUGUGCAUGACUCACUUGGCCUAUGUGAGAGUGCACAUCCUAUUUUAUAUGUAGCUGAUCAAACCAUCUCACGACACGACAGUCAACAAUCACCAAAUACAAAUAAACCAACUGCUGGUUUU